AUGGCUCUCUUUGUCAUCCUGGUGAUUUGCUUGUCUUGUUUGAUUUUUCUUUCCCUAUGGAAUCAGCACUAUGGCAAAGGGAAGCUCCCACCUGGACCCUCUCCUCUUCCAAUUGUUGGAAAUGUUUUGCAAGUGGAUAUUAAAAAUAUCAGCAAAUCUCUGAGCAUGCUAGCAAAAGAAUAUGGCCCCGUGUUCACUGUGUAUCUGGGCAUGAAGCCCACGGUGGUGCUGUAUGGAUAUGAAGCAUUGAAGGAAGCUCUGGUUGACCGGGGAGAUGAGUUUUCUGGCAAAAUGCAAUCAUCAUUACUCAGUAAAGUCAGCCAAGGGUUAGGCAUCGUUUUCAGCAAUGGAGAAAUAUGGAAGCAAACGAGGCGUUUCUCCCUCAUGGUCUUAAGGUCUAUGGGGAUGGGAAAGAAAACUAUCGAAGACCGAAUUCAGGAGGAAGUCCUUCAUCUAUUGGAAGCACUGAGAAAAACCAAUGGCUCACUCUGUGAUCCCACCUUCAUCCUGGGCUGUGCUCCCUGCAAUGUCAUCUGCUCCAUUGUUUUCCAGAAUCGUUUUGAUUAUAAAGAUCAGGAAUUUCUUAACUUGAUGGAAAAACUGGAUGAGAACACCAAGAUUCUGGGCUCUCCCUGGUUACAGGUUUGCAAUACUUUUCCUGCUCUGCUUGAUUAUUGUCCAGGAAGUCAUAACACAUUUUUUGAAAAUUAUUCUUAUAUGAAAAGUUACUUUUCGAAGAAAAUAAAAGAACAUGGAGAAUCAUUGGAUGUUACAAAUCCACGGGACUUCAUUGAUUAUUACCUAAUUAAAAGAAGGCAGGAAAGCUGCAGUCAGCAGUUGAAGUACACAAUUGAAAAUCUGAUAGUGAUUGUGACUGAUCUGUUUGGUGCUGGGAUAGAGUCAACAAGCACAACGCUGAGGUAUGCUUUCCUGCUCCUGCUGAAGCAUCCACACGUCACAGCUAAAGUCCAGGAAGAGAUUGAUCAUGUGGUUGGCAGACACCGCAGCCCCUGCAUGCAGGACAGGAGCCAGAUGCCCUAUACAGAUGCCAUGAUUCAUGAAGUCCAGAGAUUCAUUGAUCUUCUCCCUAACAGCAUUCCCCAUGCAGUGACCUGUGACAUUAAGUUCAGGAACUACCUUAUCCCCAAGGGAACAACCAUAGUAACAUCACUGUCGUCAGUCCUGCAUGACAGCAAGGAAUUCCCCAACCCAGAGGUAUUUGACCCUGGACACUUUCUAGAUAAGAAUGGAAACUUUAAGAAAAGUGACUACUUCAUGCCUUUCUCAACAGGAAAACGGAGUUGUGCAGGAGAGGGCCUGGCUCGCAUGGAGCUUUUUCUGUUCCUGACCACCAUUUUAUAG